UGUUUAUUACUAAAAGGCUCUUGGUAAGACCGUUGGUUUUCUACAAAAGUUAGUUAGGCAAAAAUAAAACGAAAUAACUAUAAUUUUUUACCUAUCGACGCUGCCAUGGAAGGUUGCUUGAUGAGAUGCUGUCACGGCGGCGCCCUAUUCAAAACCCUCAAACCCCUCUCUUUAACUCCCAGAAACUCCAUUCGCUGCUCUUCCAUGUCCGUCUACUCCGGCGGAGGAGGAGGAUCGGCUCUUAGUCGCAAGGUCUACGACGCAUUGCUGUUAGACGCCGGAGGCACUCUGUUGCAAUUGGCGAAGCCGGUCGAAGAUGUCUACGCUUCCAUCGGAACCAAAUACGGUGUGACUGCAACUCCAGCUGAAAUCAAGCAGGGAUUCAGAAGAGCAUUUUCUGCUCCUUGGCCUCAGAAGCUGCGUUACCAGGGAGAUGGGAGGCCAUUUUGGAAACUUGUUGUGUCCGAAGCCAGUGGUUGUUCUAAUCUCGAUUAUUUCGAACAAGUUUAUGAGUACUAUGCUAAGGGCGACGCAUGGCGUCUUCCAGAUGGAGCUUAUGAAACAAUGCUGCUUCUCAAAGAGGCUGGAGUCAAGGCUGUUGUAUCCAAUUUCGACUCCCGCUUACGGAAGCUACUUGAGGACCUUAAUGUUUUGCAUCUGUUUGAUUCCGUUAUCAUAUCUUCAGAAGUUGGGUAUGAGAAACCAGAUGCAGGCAUAUUCGAAGCCGCUUUAGAUCAAGUACUUGUGGAUGCUGGCAAAGCGGUACAUGUUGGCGACGACAAAAUUGCAGAUAAGGAUGGGGCCAAUGCCAUUGGAAUCGAUUGCUGGUUAUGGGGCCUAGAUGUCAAGGCAUUCUCCGACAUUCAAAAUCGCAUUCUCAUUUCAGAGUCUCAGCUUGCGAAGGACUAGGUACCGCACUGUGAAUCCCAAGCAGUGUCUUCGGCUCCAACUGAUCGAUUGACAUAAUAAUUAAUUUAACUAGUGAUGUUACUGGAAAGGAAAAUAUCAUCCGAUCAGCUCAAACAGUGAAUGUUUCAAGUGGAAAUAAAUGGAUAUUCAUUGAACAUCAA